AUCAGUCCCAAAUAGAAACAAGGAAGUGAAAGAAAGGCUGCCAGACACUGUUUUAUUCCAGACAGACUGUGUUUUAUUCUUAACUGCACACAUAAACCAUUCAGCAUGUGGAAAGCAAGGAUCUCUUGUGUCUUCAUCUGUACAGCCUGUCUACUGGAUAUUAACUGUGCUAAGAUUGGAUAUGAGGGAAAACACGUAACGUUUCACAAUAGAUACCCAGAGGGCUACGAGACAAACACCAAGUACUUCAGCAAAACUGAUGGUUUCUCCUUUGAGAAACUGGUUCAGACUUCUCAUCCCUUCAGAUGGGCCAAACAAGGCCGAUUCGCUCUAUUCGACAACACAUCCGCACGCAUCCUUACCGCCGUCAUCUUGGGAUUGGUCCUGGAGGAUUCUGGUUUGUACUCCUUCGGUGUGGAUGUAAAACUGUUGCCUGAUCUGUCUGGUGAUGACAUACAACUGACUGUCAUGAGAGGUGAAGAACAGAGACCCACGAUAUCAUUACCAACAGUGAUCGUCAGCAGCACGAACAGUCCUGCAAAUAUCACAGCACAGAACUGGACCAAGACAAGAAAUCAGGAAUCUCCCCUCAGGUUUGUGAGCGUGUUGAGUCUGGUGUGUGUCUGCACACUUCUAGUUGUGUGUCCGUUCGCUGUGUUUAAGGUUUUAAAAUGGGCCGCCACCUGCAAGCUGUCAGUUUCUGUGUCUUAUCACACCAGGAAGACAUCAACUCAAGUGGUUGACGAGUAUGUGAGCAUGAGCCCAACCGUCCUUCCAAACCCACCCACAGCUCAAAAUGAUGAAGCUUCACUUGUUGUUGAUUUUCACAGACCUACAAACACAGAACAGACACAUAACAAAGAUGCCAACUACAAAGAUUUAGCUCUAGCAAACAGUCCAAAUCACAUCUACACAGAAAUGAACCCUGGUUUUGUUCAAGAGUCAGUUUAUCAGAGCAUUGAUCUAACUAUUAACUGACUCAUCAACAGCCAAUGAAAAUCCUUAUUUCUCUUCACAUUUUUCCAGAAACAAUUAUUCAGAAACACUUUACAAGAUUCUGUUUGGUAAUCUUUUGUUAACAUGAACUAACAAUGAAAAAUAUUAUAAACUGUUUGGUAAUCUUAAUCUUAAAUGUUAAUUUCAACAUUUACUAAUUCAUUAUUAAAAUCAAAUGUUGCUUCUGUUUAUAUUAUUUAAUGGACAUGAACUAACAUGAAUUAUCAGUUGUUUUUUUUUUGUUAACUAAUGUAGC